AUGAAAGAACAGAACCUGGAAAUCCUCCGCGCCUCAAUCACCGAUCUCGAAACCCAGACGACCCACCUGGAGGCCGAGCUGGCCGAGAUCACCUCCAAACUCAAGAACGACCCUAAUACUACGGUCCAGCAGCACAUCCGUCUGCUGCACGAGUACAACGAGAUCAAGGAUGUCGGGCAGGGACUGAUGGGUAUGAUUGCUGAUGCGCGCGGGGUGCGGGUGGUUGACGUGCAUCGGGAGUUCGGGGUUGGGGAGAAGGAUUGA